UUGGUCCGUUUGCAAAGCUGUCCGUAGUGAAACAAGUAUGGCUCAGCUGUCUGCCAAACCGACCGGUAAAUUAGCUUAGUGUGAAUGUGGAAUAUGUUUCCAAAUUCACAUUAUCUGCUUGAGUUUUAUUCGGCAACGUUAGAUUAACCACCAUUACUAGCGUGGUUUAACUGAAUACAAGUAACUGACAUUCUACCAACGGUAACGUUCCGGGUCGGUCUAUGAACGAGGGUGCAACUCUCUCUUACUAACUAGAACAAGCUGUUCUUGAUCGAUUUAAACAUGGACGCGGUUGUAAAAUUCACAAGCCAAAGUCAAGGAAGGGACCGUAUAUUCAGGGCAACCCAAUAUGCAUGUGCACUGUCGAUAUAUUUACUUCGAAACGACUCAGAAAGAAAGAACCUUGUGGCGAAACUUAAAAGUCUGGAGACCAACAUGAGCGCUGGACGAAAAUUGUUCAGGCUGGGAAACACAGUAAAUUCCAUUGAGGCUGCUAAGCGAACCAUGCAACUCUCUGACCGAGUGCUGUGCCUGUGCCUUACUGCUGCCAACAUGAACCGCGCUCUCUACUUUAUCUGUGACAAUGUACUUUGGGCCAGAAGUGUCGGUCUUAUCCGCGAUAUCGACAAGGAACGCUGGAUCCUAAAUUCCUCUCGCUGCUACUUCCUCUCGCUAGUUAUGAGUCUGACCAGAGAUAUUUAUGUUGUCCUCCAGUUAAUGACGCAGACAGCAAGAGAUAAACACUUUAGACAGAAAAUGGAGCUGCAGCUCAAUGAGAGUCCUGAAGUAGCUGAAGCUGUCGUUCCUCACCUGGAUGCGUUUCUCUUUCUGCUGUUAGAGAGCCUAAAGUCGCACCCUGCUGUUGCCUUGGACACGCUGAAAAAUAUAUGUGAUCUCUUCAUCCCCCUAGACAGGUUGGGUAUAUACAAGUCAAAUGCAGGAGUGGUGGGAUGUUGUGGUUUGAUAUCCUCAGUGAUUGGGAUUGUAACCCUUGCACAGCCCAAGUUAAGACUCAAGCCGUGAUAACAAGGGUGGAGGUCAAUCUUACUGACUAACUGCAGAUAAGAGAUUAUCAUGACAGGUUUUUAAAAGGAUUUAAUCUACCUGAAGCUGGAAUGGUGGACCGAGGUCAACGUGGUGCUCAGUUAGAUUAGACAACCUAUCACAGGCACAUUUUUUAACAGUUGUUAGAAUAGCAUUUAUGUUUUACACCAAACUCAGGCCAGCAAUAACUGGAGGGAUGACUGAAUUUGAUUGUUUUUUAACAUAGUUUUGAUUAACUGAACGGAUUACAUCAUACUUUUGAGAAACAAACUUAACAUUGAAUUAGAGAUAAACUUGAAACACUGGUUUAAAAUUAAGCAAAUUAAGUUUACAUAGUAGCCUGUUUAUUUUUCAUAAUUAAAUAACCGGUGCAUUCCUGUCUUCUCCAACACCACAUAUAACAGCAGUUUUGUAACUACUAAGUGAUCCUUAUUGAUGCAAGCUUUUGCAUUUGCACUCGCUUUAGUACCUAUCUGAGAAAAAAAGUAAGAUCUUAAUCUGAGUAGGGUUGCCACUAUAAGUUCACUGCCUUUCUCUGCUCUCUGUUUUGUGAUAUGAUGCUGCUAAGAGUUUAAUCUCUAUGAUUCAAUUGAUGAAUAAGCUGCUUCUCAGCCAAAAGUGCUUCCAGAGGUAAAAAAGCAGCUGAGAGAUUUCAGGGGACAGGCCUCUUUCACAGCAGACAUUUUGACUUGUCAAAGUAGGAAAACCACAGGUAUUACUAAUAACAGUAACAAUGGUUCUCUUCAAGAGUCCCGGGGACACUAGGACAAUAGACUUUUUUUCACGGCAGACAUGUUGACAUGUCAUAGUAUGAAAAGCACAUGUGUAUUCAAAACCAUUAAUGAUGGCUACAUUCCACUUAGGAGAGGCCCUGGUAUUGUGCAUGCUGACUCACUGAAAUAGCUUACUGGGACACUUGAUGGAAUUGAGCCAUCGAUAAGGUUAUCUAUUUCAGCUGUGCUUUUCCUACUAUGACAAGUCAAAAUGUCUGCUGUGAAAAAGGUCCAUACCAUGACCCUGAAAUUAAAGCAGCCACGUGGAAUUCAGCCAUCGUUCAUUUCAUUAUUUACACCUGUACUUUUCCUACUGUGACAUGUCAAAAUAUCUUCUAUGAAAAAGGCCUAUUAUCUCAUCUGUUAUUCAUUCUGCUAUUCAAGCCUGGACUUUGACUCAGCAGAUUAUACUGUAUGUUCAUUUAAAGAAAGUGUAAAGAAACGAUGAGUACGAAAACAAUUAUGCUUCUGUUGUAACUAUUUUAUUAGCAAAGAUCCCCUCGAUAAUGUGAUUACAAUUCAUUCUUAAUAUAUUGUCUAGGAAUUGUAUGUUUAUGUAUGUUUUUUUUUUUUAAUCUUUGUGACAGGCAAAACAAGUGGGCAAGGAUAAAUUAGAAAGCUCCAACUUGCUCAAGAAAAUAAUGAACUUCAGUCCUCAAAGCUGCAGCUGCAUUUGACAUAUAUUAUCACAUAUAGUAGUGUCAUUCAGUUCAGAAGACUUAAUGAUUUCACUGUCACGGUUGAUUGAAAGGUUAAUAAUAAAACGCUAACAUAAAAAAAUAUAUUUUAAAUUGUGCCUUUUCAACA